GGAAUUUCAUAGACAUUUUUCUCACCCUGGUAUGUGGAAGCCUUGCGAUGCGCUUUAAUCAAUUUCAUUGGAGAAUUGAACGUCACAUAAACGAGCCCAUGCCACGUGGGUUUUGGCAAGAAAUGAGACGGGACUUUUUGAGUUUAACCGAUGUGCUCUGGCUAUACGAUGAAAAAUUGUCGAAUUUAGUGCUUUUAGCCUGUGCACACAAUUUAUACUUCAUAUGUGUGCAAAUAUUUCAUAGUUUUCAUGACAAAGGUAACUUUAUGACCGAAAUUUAUUUUUGGCUUUCAAUAGUUUAUGUGCUCAUUCGUAUCCUGGCAAUGAUGUUUGCCGCUGCUUCUAUACCUGAUGCGGCUGACAAAAUUACAGUGGCCCUAUAUGAGAUACCCACAGCCUAUUGGUGUUCGGAGAAAUAUGUCUAA